CUAGGAUUGUAACACUAUUUGCAAGGUGUUUUCUAAUCCGAUUUAGGAAAUAGGAUGAUGUUAUUUCUUCGAGAGAACAUAGGCACCUUGCCUGUGAUUUAGGCCCUGACCUGCAUGCACCUGAAUAGGAUGCAGGCAAUAGACUGGUGACUAUACCAGACUUCAUCCUUGACCCCAUCACACUGUCCUCAUCCCAGGCCAAUAAUUAAAACAGCCUUAUCCUGUCAACUUUGCACUGGUUUUAAAUUUCAGUGAAACCUUGGUUUAUCAAAGAUCAGUGCAACGGGCUUUACACACAACAUGUUUGUUUUUACAUAUUGAUUAACAUUUGCGUAAUGACAUCAUUAUGCAAAUGAUACAAAUUGCUGCAAGUGACUAGUCUCUAAUUUAAUGGACAUUUGUAAGUAAUGGAUAUCCCCUCCCUGAAAUUAGUCUACUGAAGUGAAGAUUCGUACUAAGCCAACCGUGUCCUACCACCUCUCCAAGAACCAGCAAGCAUGUCCCACUUUGAAAACAAAAGGCUAAUAUUUGGCUUAAUGGCAGGAGCUGCUGGAGUAACCUUUGUCCUGUGUUGGUAUCUCAAGACACACAAGCGCAACAAAGCUGUGCGCUUGCCUGUAUUUCCAAAUUCAGCCAACAGUUUUGAUUUAGUAGAUUUUCCAUAUGAAACUCACAGAGAAGAAAGAACAGUGUUGCUGUUACAAGGAAGACAGCUUCAGAUACUGGAGAAAUUGAAUGGCUUAGUGGUAAGUGUGGAAGAACUUAAAAGAGAAGUGACAUUUCUGAAAGAAGCUAUUCCGAAGUUGGAUGAACUUGUUCGAGAUGAACUUCAAGGAAAAACAGAAAGUCGCAGAACCAGCCCUUUACAUAGGCCUGCAAAGAAGCGAAAGGUUGAGGCAACAGCUCAAGGCGUAUCUGAUACUACUAGUUCUGAAGAGGCUGAAAGUGAAGGCGGUUACAUUACAGCUCAUACUGAUACUGAAGGAGAAUCUGAGGAAGAAAAAGGAUGGAUCAAUUGCUCUGUAUCUUCAUUGAUACCUGAAGAGAAAAUAGAUUUAUUUAAUCUUCUGCAGGAGGUGGACAGAAUGCAUGUUGGCUCAGAGCAUGAGAAAAGAGAAAGCUUCAAACUAUUGCUUGAAAGGAAGGAAGAGUAUCGAAACCAUCCUGGCUUUCUUUGGAGACUUGCCCGAGCUUAUGGGGACAUGUUUGAGUUAACUACAGAUGCUGACGAGAAAAAGAACUAUGCUACUGAAGGAAAACUUGUUGGUGAGAAUGCAGUUAACCUGGACCCAUCAAAUGCUGAGAGUCAUCAAUGGUUUGCAAUGAUGUGUGGCUAUGUGUCUCAGUUUGAAACUAUACAGAACAAAAUCAGGAAUGGCUAUCUUUUUAAGGAACAUCUUGACAAAGCCAUUGCGCUUAAGCCACAAGAUCCCCUUUUAUAUUAUCUUACUGGAAGGUGGUGUUAUGAAGUUGCUCAGUUGUCUUGGAUUGAAAAAAAAGUAGCCGCUGCUCUUUUUGGGACUCCGCCAACUUCAACAAUACAUGAGGCUUUGCAGAAUUUUCUGAAGGCUGAAGAAAUACAUCCCCGAUAUUCUAAAUACAACUAUGUCUAUUUGGCAAAGUGCUACAAAGAUUUGGGCCAGAGGAGCAAUGCUCUGAGGUGCUGUGAGACAGCCUUGUCCAUUCUGCCAGUCACCAAAGAGGUGGGUCUGAAGGUUGUGUGUUCAUCUUCCGAUGGAGGAGCUGUGCGAAAAGGUUUUCUUCUGCAGCCACUUUUCACACUGUCCCCGUAACAUGUGGAAGCAUAAAUAUACCAGGAGGCUGUAAGUUCUAGGCCCGCCUCAGGCACGAGAGCCGGCGGGGUGACUUUGGGCCAGUCUCUCUCCCUCAGCCCAACCCACCUCACAGGGUUGUUGUUGUGGGGAAAAGAGGAGGCAGGAAUAAUAGGUAUGUUCACUGAUGGAUGAGUGGGUGGAUGGAUAGAUGAUA